AUGGCUCUCAACUUCGCCGUCGCCGCCGCGGAGCUCGACGCGCCGAAGAAGACGCUGCCGGCGCUGAGGGAUCGGUGCCGUCUGGACGCGUACGCGGCGGCGGCGGUUCGUGUCUUCGAAACGGUCGGAGAUGAACCGGCGCUCGCGGUGGCCAACGGAGCCGGCGGGGUGCUCGCGAUGACGACAGCCGCCGCGGGAUUCGGCACCGUGUUCGCGGUCGAUCGAAGCAGGUUCCACUACCGCAUGGCCAAGCAGUGCAUAAGGGAGAACCCGCGCGUCCAACCCUCCAUCGUCAUGAUCGACCAGAAGCUGGAGAUGUGCAAGGUGGUUCCUAACCCUAAAGCCGCGGACUCUUGCGAGGACUCGUCCACGUCGAAGAAAAAGGAGGCGAACGUCACCGAGCGAUGCAAGGUGGUGAUCACCGAUCUGAUGGACCACUCGUGCCUCGGCUUCGGCCUCCUGUCUGCCAUCGACCACGUCGGUACGAACCUCGCGGCACCGGACGCGGUGUGCGUCCCGGGCCGCGUGGUGGUUCGCGCGGCGCUGCUCUCGUUGCGGACCGAGACGGUGAGCGGUUUCGACCUCCGGAGCCUGAACCAGUACCGGUGGCACCCGCAGGCGGCGAAAUUCCUCAACCUCGCGGACGAGCCCCACGACGUGCUCUCCGAACACUUCGAAGUCGCCGACAUCGACCUCACCGCGCGGUUGCGAGCGGCGGCGGCGCGAGGGGACACGAACGAGGGGAACGACAAGGACAAGGACAAGGACAAGGACAAGGAGAAAUUCGGCGGCGCCGCCGCGUUUGAGUCGGACGUUAAGAUCGAGGUGAAGCCGCUCAAGGACGGGGUGUGGAACGCGGUGGCGUUUUGGUUCGAGCUGGACAUGGGCGGGAACCAAUGGCUCCGGUCGGCGACGCCCCCGGCGGUCGGUGGUGACGGUUCGGGCUCCGACCGUUUCGACCGUUUCGUGUCCGACGCCGAGUCGUGGGGCGUGGCUGUGCAGUACCUGGACGAGCUCCCCGUCGGGAAAAACGGCCCGCCCGUGACCGUUCGCGUCCGCCGCGACGCCGGCCAGAUCUUGUUCACGUCCGACCCGCCCCCGACCCGCCCUCGGCACAGUAACAUACCCCAGUGGCACUACGACAUGCUCAACGACGCCGGCCGCAACGACGCGUACGAAGCCGCCAUCGUCGCCGCCGUGAACCGGCGUAAGAAAAGCGGCGGUAAAAUCGACGCGCUCGACGCCGGGAGCGGUUCCGGUCUGCUCGCGAUGAUGGCCGCGCGGGCGGGCGCGGACUUUGUCGCCGCGGUCGAGAAGACACCGUCGAUGGUGGACGCGGGCGAGGAGAACGUGUGCAUGAACGGGCUGGCGCACAAGGUCCUGUGCCUCAACAGGGACGUGAGGCGGGUCUUCACCAAGGAGUCGCGGGGGCUCCAGCCCGUGCCGGGCGAGGCGGCGGAGGGCGGCGGCGGCCUCAUCAAGACGGACGGAUCCGUCCCGGAGCUGGAUCGCAAGGUUGACCUGAUGGUGUACGAGGUGUUCGACUCCGGGUUGAUCGGCGAGGGCGCGCUGCACAUCCUCGCCAACGCCCGGUACCGGCUGCUGAGGCCGGACACGACGCUGGUGCCGGCUUCGGCGACCGUCUUUGCGCAGCCCAUCGAGUACAGGAUAUCGACCGUCACCUGCGGCGACCUGGGGGCGUUCGAGAUGAAGCAGAGCAACCGGUGGCGGUGGAGGGACACGUACGAGGGUCACAACCUGGAGCGUUGCAAGGGGGACUGGCGUCCGCUCGGCGAGCCCUUCAGGGUUUUCGACUUUGACUUUGCGCAGAUCGGGCCCGAGACGCUGACGCCGGGUCACGUCGCGAAGGACGUAGCGGUGACCGACCCGGGCGUCUUCAACGCGAUCGCGUUCUGGUUCGAGCUGCGGCUGGACGAGAACAACGUCCUGAGCACCAGCCCGCACGAUGGGACGAAGGGUCAGACUUGGCAGCAGGCGGUGCAGUGGGUCGAGGAGAUGAGCGUGCAGGUUGGCGACGUGUUACCGCUCGUCGCCAGUCACGACACCUACGCCAUCACCUUCGCCGUGGACGACGCGAGGUUCCCGCAGCGAGGGAUGAGACGCACGGGGGUUCCCCUGUACGACCCGUCGUGGGGCGUGCAGCAUGAGCGCGUCAAGGCGGUGAACCAUCGGAUGGCUCCGACGCUGGUGCAAAACCCGGUCGAAUAUCGGACCAUGGCGGAGACGGCGGUGGCGGCGGGCGCGAGGCCGCACGACCUCGGGCUCGACGCGGAGUCCGGCUCGGACUUUUGCCUCCGCAUGAUGGGCUGA